GCAGCAAGCAGCAGAGUGCAGAGGGCAGAGCAAGAGCAACCACCACCACUCCCGUCCGUCUCUCCCUUUCCUCCUCUCUAUCCGCCUCCAGUCUCCACGCACACACAUCCACCAAGAGACAAGACAAGGGAGCGGUUGCCUUGCCAGGCGCUUGAUUUCCCCUUUUUCCCCGAUUCCAGUUAAGCACAACACAAGCAGCGGUUUGGCGUUUGAUGAUUGCGCAAUCGAGGAGCGGCGCGGGGACGGACGCACCGAAAAGGGGCCGCCUUUACAGGACACGGGGCCUCCUCGCCUCGCCUUUCCCUUGAAUCUCGCCGCCCCGCGCCGCGCCUCCUUUCGUUUUCCCGCCCCGCCCCGUUCGCGACCUUUGCAAAUCGCAACCAGUACUGUCACGGCGAGCGAGGGAGCGGAGCCUGACGAGUCUCUCUGACGACGCGGCGCUACCUCGUGGCGGAGGAGGAGGAGGAGCAAGCAAGAGGGCCGAGAGCCUCGCCGACGCGUGUGCGCGCAACACGCCUCCCGUCCGGCGACGGGGAGAUGGAGGCGGCCGCCGACCCGGAUGAAUGACCGCAUUCUGCAUUGCUUUGCUGCCAUGGGCAGACCCAGGCCUAAGGCCACUAAGGCCGUGGCCUACCAUUGAUUUUGGCCUAGAGAUGAAGCCGAAGUCUGCUGAUAGCUUCAUCUGGGCACCACGACCGAUCAGUGCCUUCGGUUUUUCUCAGUCCCGCCGCUAGCCGCCUCAUGUCGAAGCGUCGCAUGCUUUGCUUCUUUCAGCCAACCUCCGCCUUUCUGGAGUAUGAGCUGCAGGGAGAGAUCUCUGGCAUCUUGAUUCAGAACUACGUUUGCGGUUUGCACCACGAGUUUGAGACGAAGUUAUGGGAGCAUCAGAACUGCAUCAGCACUCUGAACAGGAACUGGGCGGAAAAGGUUUCUGAGAUCGCGGUGCUGCGCGACGAGCUUCACAAUGUUCUGAGCGUUAUACUAGCUUCGGAACCUGGUGCUCAUCAUCCUCACCAGUCCCACGGUGUUCUGGAAGACCAGAUGGUCAUUGUGAAGGCAAAAGAUGAUGGUGAGCCUCCGGUAACAGAGAAAUGUUCUGAGUCAAGCGAGGUUACUCUCGAGAUCCCAGAUUUUUCCCUCCUGAAGCACAUGCCCAGUGAAGAAAUGACGAACUUUCUCAAGACGGAAUGGCUAAAACUGCGAAGACAGCACGAGUCUGAGCUUCAUGAGAAGACAGAGGAGCUGUUCAGGGUGAAAAGGGAACACGCAAAAGAGAAAGCUUCGUUGCCGCUUAAGAAAGAGAGAGAGCUUGAGUUCAUCAAAUCGAAGUUGCUCCAGACCAUCUCCAAGCUUGGUGAGAUAGCCUCGAGGAAAGAGAAUUCUUGUUUUGACGGUAAUGAGAAUAAGGAGAUGCGCAGGUUGAAGGACAGGAUCGGUAUGCUACUACAUGAUAAUAAUCGUCUCCGAGGUUUGCUGGCUGAUAAAAAACAGGAGGUUAAGCACCUCUCUUUGCAAGUAUCAGAUUCAAAGAGCAAAACGACCCAGGACUCACUGUCAGAGGCAAAACUGUUGAAUAAUUUUGAGAAGCUUAGGGCUGAACUUGAAGAUUUAAAGGUUGAGAGGCACUUGAACAAUUUAGUGGAUUCGUCUGUAUUCAAGGAAGUUUUUGAUAAUUAUGAGAAUCAGAUUUAUGAUAUGGAUCAGGAGGGAUCCUUCCUCAAAGAGUUGCUUGAUGAAAAACAAGACCAGCUAAGUAUUAUAUAUGAAGAUAGACAAAAGCUCAAGUAUGAAAAUAAUCAACUUGUAUCAAUUGCAGAAUCAAUUAUGCAGCACCAUGACCAAGCCAACUUGGUUAAUGAUGAGCUUAUGAUGUUUAAGGAGAAAGUGUGCGAGCAAGAACUGCUGAUAUUGGAGUCAAAGGGCGAAUAUAACUCCAUGAAAAGGUGUUUGUAUGAGGCUAUGCAAGAAAUCCAAGUAUGCAAGCAAGAAAUACUUGGGCUGACUGAAAACUUAACUUUUAUGUCUAUUGCUUUGAAGGAAGCCAAGGAACAGAAUGCCUCACUUGACGCCACAAUCCGUGAAAUGAAGAAAACACCAGCACAAAGUAUUGGCAGUCAUUGGGGACAGACUGGGGAAUUUGAUCUUGCCAGUAUGGAGAAGUUGUCAAAAACAUAUGCUGACUUUGAAAGCAGAUUAGUCGAAACUAUUAAAAGAAAUGAAACCAGGUUGACUAGUCUAGUUUGUCAGUUUAGCCCACUGGUGCAGCAAGUUGCUGUCUUAAGGAAAAAAGAAUUCUGGUACAAGCAAAUACUUGAGAUUAAAUGCUCAAAUCUUCGGAAAGCAGAAGCAGAGGUCGAUAUACUUGGUGAUGAGGUUGACACCCUUCUAAGUGUUCUGGGAAAAAUCUAUAUUGCACUUGAUCAUUAUUCUCCAGUUUUGAAGCAUUACCCUGGGGUUACAGAGAUUUUGAUGCUUGUGCAGAAGGUGUUGAAAGGAGAAAGCAUUGAACACCUAGCCACUAAGGGAAAAUCCUGACAGAUUUCAUGUCCAUACAAACAGUUGUGCAAGAUCAUAAGAAGAGUUAGAACAAUGUGCUGUGGGAGAAUAUUUACACGGACUUACAGCAAAGAAACUUGCUAGCUUAGAGUAUUUUGUGCAGUCAAAGUAGCCAUGACUCCAAUUAAAAGGAUACGUAGCCAUGACUGUUGAAUUUGUAGAGUAACCACUUUUCAGCCUUGCUAGUUUCAGUUGUAUUAGUGUGCAGUUGUAGUGGAGUUCAGACUAGAAAUUCAAAGGGUUGGUUCAACGACGGUAGCUUUGCAUACAUGUAUUUGGGAUGUAUAAAUGUGUAUGUAACGGUUGUAGGAUUAGAUUGCAUGAUGAUGCUUUCGGUGAUAAUUAUUUCAAGGAGCAUAGCUUCUUGUAGUUAUAUAUGGAGUAUUGUAUGCUUGUAGUGGGUAGGGAAAAUGAACUUUGUAACAGUUGCAGUCCAUUCGUUUCAGUUAAAAUAUACAUGAAGAUUCUUUGUUUGA